AUGUCGUCGCAGCCAUGGCUGGACGAUCUCUCCGAGGAUUGGGACGACCGCCCGCCUUUUUCAUCGCCGCCGCCCAUCCUCGAAACCCCGAACAAGAUUCCCGCUAGUGGUCGCAUUCCGCGCCUACCAAGCUCGCCUGCUCUGGCAACUGUACUGAACAGCGACCUCCCAGCCCCAACCAGCUCUCCGAGCCCCAGCAAACCUCUCCCCGGCAAGCGCAAAGUAGCCCUCGCCGAGCGCACAAACAGCGACAACAACAUCCUCAACAACGCCCCCGAUGAUUCUCACUCCCGCUCCGUGUCCGCAUCAUCAACAGGCUCCGUAGUCCAGCACGGCACCGUAGAGAUAAAACCUUCGCCCUCGUCACCCACGCGCGGAAAGAAGCUUCAGGAUACGCCGGAGUGGAAGAGAAGGCUGUUGCAUGGCAAAAUGGGCUACGGCGACCAGAAGGAUUUAUUCAGCCCCAUGGGUCUGGAGAACAUGUUCCAACCGCCAACACUAGCUCGCUCAUCGCCCGUGUCCAAGAGGAGAACUGGUAUAUCGGCCAUCAAAGACAGCUUCGCCAUGCCUUCCAGCCCGCCGCCGUGGCCGUCACAGCUUGCACAAUCCCGAAGCUCGCCUGCAAGGAACAGCUUGCGCUGGAACCUGAACAGCGGUGCCUUGAAUCCCGAUGUUGGUUAUGGUUCUGAAUCGGAGGAAAACAUGUCGGAGAAUGAUAAUGAUGAUGGGUCUGAGAAGGAAGAAGAGGCUAUGUCGGAGAACGAAGAUGAUAACGUGUCUGAUACCGGAUCCGAAGUGCGCCAUCCUCCUGCCGAGGAAGAUGCUGCAGAGCACAUUCCAGAAGCGCGGCAAUCUCAUCACAUUAAACAUGACAGCCAGGAUGCGUCUCUCCCGGAAAUAAAGACGCACGGCGACACGCCUAGAGUAGACCGCGAAUCUGCGUUUGGCCGCCUUCCGGCAAUCAACACGUCUUCCGCCCAGAAAUCCCGCGCGGUGAGUGGCCACACGGAGCUGACCGAUGACAGCUUCGGUCCUGUCUAUAUCACAAAGCACAGAACGGAAGACGGUAACGUGGAAUACGCCGCCGUUGAUCUAUCCAAGUCGGAGCUGGAGAAAAUGCGGAAUCCGUCUGCCGAACAACAGCCACAACAAUCAAAUUUCGGUGAAAGCUUGCACAGCUACGGCUCAUUAGGCUCGCAGCCUAUGCCCGAAGAUCUGCCAACCGGCACUCCCGACCAGAUCACCGCCCCCGACUACGUUGGUAUGAAGCGAGGAGACUUCGCAACCGAUGAACCUUUCAAGAACCGUCCACACAGCCCGUCACCUCGGGGUCGGAAGAACUCGAAUGCGGGCAGCAACUCCAGCGGAUCAAACCCCCCAACUUUCGAAAGACCCCACAGCCGGUUGCGAUAUCAGUUUAUGCCCCGUCACUCCAGCCCUCCUCUUUCACCAAGCACUCCGGCCCGUCGUCCAAACCCUGUGUUCCUGCACCCGGAAAGGCCACAAUCUUCGAGCAGCCCACUAAAACUGUUCGGCGACCACGACACCUUCACCGCAAACAAGCUCCAGCGCCGGAUGAGCCAGUUAGAAGAUACCCUCUUCCAGGAGGAGCACGCUGCAGAGAGCAGAAGGCAAAGCGGAGGCGGCGCCGCAAGACGCAUGGAUCAUCUCGAUCAUCUUCGAUUGCCUUCCGUUGAGGAGGCCAGCUUCCAGCAACCGGGCGCUGACUAUGAAGACGAUGACGAUGAUUUCGAGUCAGACUCAGAAGAAGAGGGCGCGCGUCCAGGAUUUGGGGAAUCUGCAAGCAGCUACUUCGGUCGCGGCGACCUCGACGAUUAUCCUUUCCCGGACUCAUUUGGCAACUCCCAACAAUCAUCCCAGGAGCCUGUCUACGACGAUGAUGAUAGAUCGGGCUCUCCACCGCCUGGAUCUGCACCUCGCUUCCAGUUCAGUUUGAACGGUGGCACACCGCGACAAAGCAUCCACACCAAGCGAAAGCUCUCCAGACAUAGUGUCAAGAGCUGGACUACGACCGUUACGAACAGAGAUUCCAUUAAGAUACCCAAAUCGCCCAGAAUCGGGCUUAGAAGAGCGCUUGCUGCUCGUGGCGACCUUGAGCAAGCAGAAGGGAAGCGAGCUCCCCCUUCACCAUUCAAAAAUCCGAGCGCAAAGCGACGUCGGACCUUACUCGCCAUGGAUAUGGAAGAACGUGAGAACAUCCCGCCCUCCCGCGAAAGAAGCCGUGAGAGAUCGCGUUCUGGUUACAGGAAGCGAAGCCAGGAGACCCGCUUUGACAGACAGUUGCACUCUGGGAACCCGGACCUUCAUCCUCCUAGAAGGUUCCUUCGUCCCCGCAACCCAACGCCAAGUCAACGCAGGCGCGAGCAAAUUCAAGCCGACAUUCUCGAAGCAACGGAAGCCUAUCUGCACAACUCUCCCAAAGAGCUCCAGGUCAUCCAGGAGCACCUCGAAAGCCCUAAAUCUCGCGACCGUUCGACAUAUGCCGAGGAUGAGAGGGCAGUGGCAACCCAGAUCGCGGCUUUCUCAAUAAAGCUGCGCCAGGGCAUGAGAGACGAGGACCGUAAGAGAUCCGUCACGACACAGGAUUUUCUUGAUGAGGCUCGAUUCAUCAUGGAUCACAUUCGCGCCAAAGGCAGGCCAAACAGCGCGCUGCAAAGCCUGGCAGAAUCCGGAGGCGAAAGCCCGAUUCAUGAGAACUCCAACUACAACAUGCUUGCAGUCCCCGAUUCACCGUUGACAUUUUCAAGGCCUCCCAGUCGCGAAGGAUCCAGGAGUGGCUGGCGGAACCCUGGUACUUCCGCAGAGAACCCGCGCAUCGCAAGCCAUCUUAGAAAGUUUAGAGAAGAUGACGGUGAUGACUUCAUGGCCUCAAGUUUCCGCUCACUUAAUGUAAAGCAACUGGAGGAUAGGACCCAGGAGGAAAGCGAUUUCUUCCAAGGCCAAUCGCCCGACAUUCGCAUCUUGACCAACCAUCUCACGCAGCGCCGCCGGGAAAGGGGACAGUCGAAUGCCACACGACCUGACUCGAGGGAGUCUGCUGGUCAUGGCGAUUCUGCUCAGUCACGUCCUUCGACAAUGGAGUCGUCGUUUGGUAAGACCAACCUGACCACUUUCUCUCGUCGGUCUGACAAUGUAGCCACGCUCCCUCCCGAAGCUGUUGCGCAUCUCAUCCCGCAAGAGAUCGCUGGUAUGAGCUUUGACCGCGAUAAAGGCAUCUGGAUCAAGAGUCGGAGUGCUGGGGGGCUAUCGACUACAAUGGAUGUCAGCCACAUGACUAGUGAGGAAGACCCGCUUAGGAACAUUCCUGACUUGACUGUCGACGAAGUCAAGGAGCGGAGACGUAUGAGGCGGACUCCGCCCCAUUCCGAUGAUCUCCAACACCCCCGGGACGAAGAUGAUGUCUUCUUCGAUGACUUUGCUGAACCAACUAGCUCCCACAAGCCAGCUGAACCUUCUUCGGAUCAAACUAGGCCAAGGACGCGCGAAGGAGCUGAAAUUCCGCCUUCAGAUACAAACAGCGUCCCCUCCAAGUUCUCGAGCCACUUCUCUUCAAGCGUAACUCAGGCUGAGACUCGCGCAACCUCCAUGAGCGACAGACACGCGAACUACAUCCCCAAGCACAUUCGCCGGGAGGAAACGAUUCCGGAAAUUUCGUCUCCUCAUCUCGACGAAGACUACGACCACGACUUCAAGUCUUUCGAUGACGAUGCUCCGCCCAAGCCUAGCAAUUUCUCUUUCCAUUCGAACAGAAACGAGCAUGAUGAUGGUGAAGAAUCCCCCAGGAUGGAUUCUCCUGGUCCGAACGCACUCUCUCGGCUUGGUGCCUUUGAUGAUGAAGCCCAUGAUAUGCCUACGCCUCUGAAGAAUGACUUCAUCACGCCCAGGUCCAAGUUCAACGGAUAUCGCCGAGCCACGAAGCAAACAGUUACUGAUUUCAGCCCAUCACCAUCUCCCGCCCGCGACAACGAGAUGUCAAUGGUCAAGCACCCUGACUCUGAGCAGCGAAGGAUGAGAUUCCAAGUCAGCGUCUCCCGUCAGGGCCGUUCUCCGGCAAUUGCUACUCAAUCUCCCGCCAACCCGUACAGCAACAACCCUGUUGGUUUUGCCGACGUGACAUUUGUGCUGAGCGAGCUUCCUCCCUUCACAAUCAGCGGAGAGGAUGAGCAUGAACUGCCCAAUCGUACGCUUGUGAAGCGCAAUGGCACCGAAACAGUCAAUGUCCUUGAGGACAGGUACGCGCAGGGUACGAUGGAGUUGAUCAAAGCACUUCAGGACAAUGAGCCGGAAGAACCUUUCUGGGAGGACCUCCGUCGCCUUGACUUGCAGCAAAAGGAUCUACCAACCCUGAACCGUCUGGAUGAGCUCUGCUAUCGCAUUGAAGCUUUGGAUGUUUCGAACAACCACAUUGCUCAGCUGGCCGGUGCACCAACUACUCUCAGGCGACUGAACAUCAGCAACAACUGUUUGAAUAGCCUCACGAGUUGGAGCCAUCUCACCAACCUUCAGUACCUGAACGUGUCCGGAAACGCCAUUGACAGCCUCAAGGGUUUCUCAAUGCUGAUUCACCUGAGAGAGCUGAAGGCCGAUGAGAAUGAGAUCGAUAGCCUCGACGGAAUAAUGGAACUGGACGGUCUGCUCAAGUUGAGCGUGAAGGGCAACAAGAUCAAAAAGGUCGACUUUCAGGGUGCCUAUCUUGAGCGUCUGACCGAGCUGGACUUGUCGGACAACGAGAUCAACAGUGUCCGUUCUCUUGACACCCUGAAGUCUCUGGAGACUCUCAAUCUGGAUGACAACGAGCUCUCUACAUUUUCUUCUGAGCGUGUAUCGAAGGUCAAGCGUCUGAGCCUUAACCGCAACAGCUUGACGAAGCUCGACGCAUCGUUCUUCCCGCUUCUGGAGACCCUGGCAGCCGACUCGAACAGCCUCUCCUCAAUCUCCGGCAUCGCCAGGCUCAAACACCUCCGCGUCCUCUCCGCCCGCGACCAGCACCCCGCGUCCGGCGACUUCGACACGGCAAGCUUCCUAGCCAACACCGACAUCUCGGAGCUCUACCUCUCCUCCAACACCAUCCCGACCAUCUCCUUCCCCGCCGACGAAGCCACCGGCACCCAGACGCCCUUCCUCAACCUCCAGCGCCUCGAACUCGCGUCGUGCGGCCUGCACACGCUGCCCGACAAGUUCGGCGCCGCGGCGCCCAACAUCCGCAGCCUCAACCUCAACUUCAACGCGCUCAAGGACCUGCGGCCCUUGCUCAACAGCAAGAAGCUGGCCCGCCUCGACCUCGCGGGCAACCGCCUCAGCCGCCUGCGCCGCAACGUGCUCGUGCUCGGCAAGGUCAAGAGCCUGCGCCGCGUCGACCUGCGCAACAACGCUUUCAACGUCGGCUUCUACCCGCCGCCCUCGGCCGACCGCCGCGUUUCCCGCGCUGGGGUGGAUGACGAUUGUGAUGCUAGUACGCUUCCGGUGGAGAAUUCCCUUCUCGAGCAGGAAAACGAGCAGCAAAGGCAGCCGCAGCACCUGGUUCUGCCGUCGGCAGAUGAGGAUCGCGAUCGUGCCUACCUUUCGCGGUUGGAUGCGGAUACGAAGUUGCGCAGGCGCGUGUACGAGAUGCUCGUUGCGAGCGCGUGUAAGGGGGUUAAGUCGCUUGAUGGGCUGGCGUUUAGGCGGGAGGAGUGUAUGCGGAGGGAUGAGGUGUGGGAGCGGUUGGUUAAGUUGGGGGUGGUGAGGAAGAAGGGGGGGAGUGGUGGUGCUGCUGGUGUGGUGGAAGUGGGAGGGGAGAGUUUGGUGAUGGAGGAGAAGAAGGUCCUAGAGAAGGAGGGUUUGGGGCCGAGGAAGAAGGGGGGGUUUAGUGUUGGGGUGAGGGAGGUGGGACGGGUGUGA